CGAAGAAAUCGGUCGAUAAAUUUGGCUCUUCACACGAUCCACGUCUUUUGUUGGUGUGACAAGUAUCUUUUACCAUUUGCAAAGAAAAAAAAGAAAGUAUUGCAGCGAAAAUUGCUGUUUUUAAGUGAUUUGUUGUGAAAAACAAAAGAAAAUUAAGUUGUGAAGUGAUUUAUUGUGCAAGAAAUAUGAUAUUUUUCCCAGAUAAUGCGAUAAUGGGUGUGGAAAAAGGAAUGUCAGUUGUGCCAUUUGACAAAAAGGGACACAAAAGUGUUUGUUCUGAUGUGUUCAAAGCUAACAAAAGCGUUGACAAGACAUUUUAAGAAAAUUAUGAUAUUAAAGAUAUUAGAAACUCUGUGAGAGAUUGAUAUUUUGAAGAAAUAUAAAAGCAAUUUUUUGUGAAAGUUUAACAAAUUGUUAAAAAAAAGAAGCAACGCUUUAAAAAAUAUUAAAAAAGUGCUUUAAAAUUAUUGAAAGAUAUUAAAGAAAAAUAUUGAAAAUGAGGAUUGAAGAAGCUUUGGAGACAAAAAUUGAUCUUUUGAGCAAAGAUCCUGAAUCAUUGAAAAACUUUGAGGAAGUUUCUUUGAAAGAUUCUCAACUUACAAAUGAUGGCAAAAAGCAUCAUAAACGAGAUCAAUGGGGAAAUGGAAUUGAAUUUCUCUUUUCUUGUAUCGCAAUGUCUGUUGGUCUCGGCAAUAUUUGGAGAUUUCCUGCUCAAGCUCUCGAAAACGGCGGAGGUGCCUUCCUCAUCCCUUAUCUCAUCGUCUUAUUCGUUCUCGGCAAACCCGUUUACUAUCUCGAAAUGUUAAUUGGUCAAUUCUCAAGUCGAGGAACUAUCAAAGUCUUCGAUUUGUGUCCUGCGAUGCGAGGAUUAGGUUACAGUCAAACCAUCGCAUGCGGAAUUGUCAGUACCUUUUACGCCGCUAUCCUUGGCGUGACUUUUCGAUACUUUUUUGCAUCAUUCAGCGAUCCUCUUCCAUGGACUGAAUGCAAACCUGAAUGGUCCUCGGAGAACAAAAGUUGCAUAAGUGCAGCGUUACUCACAAAAACCGAUGAAAAUGAGACAAAAUCAGUUAUUGGUUCAGCAGCUGCUUAUUUCGGGGAUACCGUAUUUCAUGCAGCAGAAAAUUUAGAUAAUGGAAUUGGAUUACCUGAUUGGAAGUUGGGACUUUGUGUCAUUUUUGCUUGGAUUUUGAUAACUACGAUAUUAGCUAAAGGAGUUCAUAGUUCGGGAAAAGCUUCGUACUUUUUGGCAGUUUUUCCGUAUGUAGUUAUGUUUGUCUUGUUAAUCAGAGCAUGUACACUUCCGGGAGCUAUGAAAGGGAUAAAGUACUUUUUUAAACCACAAUGGAACAAAUUGUUGGAUGGAAAGGUUUGGUACGCAGCUGUUACUCAAGUUUUCUUUUCGUUAACCAUUUGCUUUGGGAAUAUCUUAAUGUACGCCUCUUACAACAAAUUUUCGUACAAUAUCUAUCGUGAUGUGAAUAUUGUCACUGGAUUAGAUACUUUUACGAGUGUCAUGUCAGGAACUAUCGUUUUUGGCAUUUUGGGACAUUUAGCUGAAGUAACGGGAGUUGAAGAUAUAAGUCACGUGGUUAAAGAUGGCGCUGGAUUAGCUUUUAUUUCGUAUCCUGAUGCGAUUGCAAAGUUUCAAUCCUAUCCUCAAGUGUUUGCUGUUGUAUUUUUCUUGAUGUUGCUAACUUUAGGCAUUGGGAGUAACGUUGGGAUCUCAAAUUGUAUAAUGACAGCUAUUCGAGAUCAGUUUCCGCAUCUUAAACCAUGGAAGGUUGCUGUGCCUAUUGGAGUUGUUAGUUGUUGCAUCAGUUUUGUCUAUAUAACUCCGGGAGGUCUCUUCAUGAUCGACAUCGCAGACUUCUUUGGAGCAACUUUUGUCGCUUUUCUCCUCGCAAUGGCAGAAAUUGUCACAAUCGCUUGGAUCUACGGCGUUAACCGAUUAUGUAAAGAUGCUGAGUUCAUGCUUGGGUUCAAAACAGGUCUUUAUUGGCGAAUCUGUUGGGGUCUCAUAACUCCCGCUUUUAUGGGUACAGUUCUUGUUUACUACUUAAAAACCCUCGAUUGGAGUAACCCAAUUGCUAUUGAACGUGAUGCUUCAACUGGCGAAGUUUUGAUCCCAUUUCCGUAUUCUUACAAAUUAUUUGGAUACUGCUUGACUUCUUUGAUAAUUUUACAAGUUCCUAUAUGGAUGAUUAUCGCAAUUGUACAACAAAAAAGCGAAACAUUGGCAGAACGAAUUGCAAAUGCUUUUCGCCCAACGAAGGAUUGGGGACCUCGAGAUCCGGAAAUGCACAAAAAAUAUGUGAACUACGUCGAGAACGAAAAUUACAACUGUUUUGAGUUAAUUUUAACCGAAAAAGGACUCGUUAAGGGAUUCUUAAUGUACGCCAAACGAAAGGUAUUUGAUUAGGUUUCAAAUAAAAAAACGAAACUGCCACUUAUAAGCUUAUUUUCACACACAAGAACCAAGUUAUUAAAAAACUAUUAA